GAAUACGGGACCUUAUGGAUCCAUUGACCGUGCACUUCUACAGCGUCCUGUCUUCUCAUGAUCAACACAAACACAGAUGGCUCCUGAACCAGCUUCUUGAUAAGCAUGCAGUUACAUCUGAUGAGAAGGCCAGGAUAAUAUGUCUGCAACAGCAAAUAGCAAAAUCUGCGAGGAUAGGAAGUGAUGUCAACAAAAAACGAAAGACACGCAUCUGUAUGCUUUUUUCCGAGUUCGACAAGCUCACAACCAUUAUUGAUUUGUAUCGAGGUGUACUUCCAACUUUCCAGGUGUUCCUGAAGAAGUUGCAACAUGAAAAGCCCAUGAUUCAUGUGCUGCAUGCUGAAAUGCUACUGCUGGUUAGGGAACUUCUCUCCAAAUUUAUGAAGCCUGAAACUAUCCCUUUGAGUGCAAAUGGCUUGUUGAAGCUUAAUGUUCACCAGAGAGACCUGCAGUACACUGACAAAAGGUUGUCUGUGGGAAGAUUCAGCUUCUUUGCCUUAAACAAGGCUAGAGUGGAAAAGAAGCCCUGGGUGCAGAAGCUCUACAGUUCUCUCAGAGAAGGCUACAUAAAGGCAGCAACAUUCCUCCUGAAAAACCUGCCCCUCAACAACAUCAUCAUCACCUCUUUAUCUGCGUUGACACCAUCAUUGAUUCUCCACGAAUCAGUCCAAGGUGCAUUCAACACCUUGGCCAAGGCCUUGCCAAAUGCUGUGAAGUCAGAAGAGUUGGGUCAACUGGAUGAAGAGGUUCGAGCCUACCAGAUUAAUACAGAUCUAGGAGCACAGGCCAAAUGCUUUGAGGAGAACAAUGCACGAAUCGAUGUUGACUGGUGGAGUAAGAUUUUUGCCAUGAAGAUGACAGGAGGAGGAACGAGGUUCCCCAUCUUAGGGAAGUUGGUAAAGGCUCUUCUGUCAUUGUUCACUGGCCCUCUUGUAGAAGGAUCAUUUAACAUGAUGGAUGAUAUAAUUGAGAAAGACAGGGUUAGGCUGAACAUUGAGACUUAUGAAGGUUUAGCCAUUCUCAAGUCCAACAUGAAGGUAAUGGGCAAAACUGCAUCUAAAAUGCAAAUUACCCCUGCAUUAAGGAGAUUUUGCCUGUCUUCUUAUGAGACAUACCAAAAUCAUCUGAAGAAAAAGAAGGUGAACCUUGACAAUCAAAAGGAAAGGAAACUGAGGGAAGCUGUGAAGGUUCUCUCAGAAGUUAGGGUUAGAAAAGUAAAGAAAGGUUCCACCUCUUAUGUUUGUGCUAAAGCCCCCACCUCUUCCACCCUGGGAGUUAAACGAAUAGCUGCUGCUACAGCCUCCACCUCCUCCACUGCUGGAGUUAAAGGUAAAUCUGCUGCUACAGCCUCCACCUCCUCCACUGCUGGAGUUAAAGGUAAAUCUGCUGCUACAGCCUCCACCUCCUCCACUGCUGGAGUUAAAGGUAAAUCUGCUGCUACAGCCUCCACCUCCUCCACUGCUGGAGUUAAAGGUAAAUCUGCUGCUACAGCCUCCACCUCCUCCACUGCUGGAGUUAAAGGUAAAUCUGCUGCUACAGCCUCCACCUCCUCCACUGCUGGAGUUAAAGGUAAAUCUGCUGCUACAGCCUCCACCUCCUCCACUGCUGGAGUUAAAGGUAAAUCUGCUGCUACAGCCUCCACCUCCUCCACCUCUCCUGGAGCCACUCCUGCACAUGUAGCUAGUCAAACACUAAAACGGGUUUCAGGUGUAGCCAAGCUUCAGGAAUAUGGUUUUACAGCCAAAAAGCAGAAAAAGUGAAAAGCACUCUAGAGGCAUUUGGACAAGAAAAGCACUUUUUGGAAUUUAGUGGUGGUGCUGUUACUUUUUUUUUGCUGUUAAUUAUUAAUAGUUUCACAAAACAUUGUUUGGUGUUAUAAGAUACAUAAAACAUGCACUGAAAAUACACUUUUUGAAAAAGCACUUUUUGGAAUUUAAUGGUGAUGCUAUUACUUUUUUUCUGUUCAUUAUUAGGAGUUUCACAAAACAUUGUUUGGUGUUAUAAGAUACAUAAAACAUGCACUGAAAAUACACUUUUUGAAAAAGCUCUUUUUUGAAUUUAAUGGUGGUGCUAUUACUUUUUUUCUGUUAAUAUGAGUUUCACCAAACAUUUGGUGUUAUAAGAUAAAUAAAAACAUGCACUGAAAA